CAGGAACAAGAAUAACCUAGAUAGUCCAAUUUCUAGAAGUGCAAGUAUUGUCUUCAGAUUCCAUUUGGGAAGUAUUGCUUUUGGUUCACUGAUAAUCACCAUUAUAGCCAUCAUUCGUUCCAUUUUGUCAUCACUUGGAAAAAAUAAAAGCCUGAAAUUGUGUGUCGAUUUUUGUAUGGGAAGUAUUGAGUCUUUCCUCAAAUUCUUGUCCAAGAACUCCUAUAUUUUGACAGCUAUGCACGGAAAACCUUUCUAUAAGUCAGGAAAACGAGCAGCUAAGAUCAUCUUCCAAAAUGCAGUUAACAUCGCAUCAGUAAAUUACAUUGGCGAUUUUGUUUUGAAAAUGGCACAACUUUUGAUCAUCAUCGUAUCCUUGUUGAUUAAUAUGUUGGUGAUGAUGGGAGCAUCUGGCGCUAGCGUUGCUAUUUCUUAUGCCAUUGUCUUUGUAGUAUCAUUGUGUGUGGCAGUAACAUUCUUUUCACCUUUUGAGACGACCAUUGAUACAAUAUUCCUAUGCUUCUGCGAAGACAGUUUACUUAAUGACGGAAUGGCUCGACCCUAUGCCAUGUCCAGGGACUUGAUGGAAUUUGUGGAAAAUUCUAAGAAAAUAUAUGGAGAGAAGAAAUAACUGGAUUUUUAAUAUGGAAUUGGUUUCUUAUUCAAACAUAACACUUUUCGAAUUAAUACCAAUUCCAAAAAGUAUAAUAUGUAAACAUUUAUUCAUAACCAUGUGACUGUAUGUAACGCUUUUACAUUUGUUAAGAUCAAAUGGCCUUUGAGAGGUAAAUAUAAUGCACAUUUAUUAAA